GAACAGGAGGGGAAAGGGGAAGAGGAAACAGGAGAGACAUUUUAUGCAGAUCCUAACAAAUGGACUAAUAUUGGAUCUGAGCUUGGGCAGACAGACAGACAGACAGACAAAACAGACGGACUGACAUAUGGAGAGAGAGCAGUGGGCACUGCGGCGUGAAUCUAGCAACUGGACUUCUCUUCUCCCUGGUUACUAAGUCCAAGCAAGGAUAACAGCCAGAGCUCUUGCCUUAGUGUCCACUGAGGCAGUGGGUGGAUGCAGUUUUCAGCAGACUGCUAUAGGGGAGAGUGGAGACUGUAUAGAAGCCGCAGAGACAACAUCCAGUUCAUCCACACUGUUGUGAUCAUCUGAAUGUGGACUGAGACUUUUUUUUUUUUAAAUAAAGACUGGAUGCAGGAACUUUGUCUCUUCCUCUCUCACUCACUGACCCUGCUGCUCCUCAUGCUGAGUGGACUUGCUUGCUUUUUUUUGGCGUGGAUAAGCGUGGAGUGAGUGUGCGUCUUCACUGAAGAUGAUGAUGAUGAUGAUGAUGAUGGCAGAGUGCAGAGGGACUGUGUAUCUGACACUGAUGCUGAUGUAUCCUGUUCUGCUGUGUUUGCCUCACUCAGCCCGCGGCGUCCACCCAAGGAUGCGGCUCUCAAACAAAGAGCUUUGGCAGUUGAACAGGACCUGGCUGUUCCAGGGACAUGGAGUGUCCCUUCAGCCCCAGACCAUGCUGCUGGACGAAGGCCACGAACGGCUCUAUAUUGGGGCCAAAAAUGGGCUGUUCUCCCUCAGCCUGGACCAGGUUAACACACACCACAGAGAGAUCCAGUGGGCCAGUACAGAGCCUCAGAUAGAGGAUUGUUUGAUGAAAGGAAGGGAAAAGCCUGAAUGUGCAAACUACAUCAAGGUCUUGCAGCAGUACAACCACACCCAUCUGCUGGUGUGUGGAACAGGAGCCUUUAACCCUGUUUGUGGCCUGGUCAGGCUGGGACACUCGGGACAGGACAAGCUAUUUGCUCUUGAAGAGGACAGAAUCACAAGUGGCAGAGGACGUUGUCCAUACGACCCCAAGAGUCCCUGCACGUCGACUCUCUCCAGGGGAGAGCUGUACAUCGGCCUGUACACUGACUACUGGGAGAACGACGGCGCGUUGUGUCGACUCAACACCCAGACGUACACGCGCACAGAGAGAGACGACAGGCAGCAGCUCAGUGGGCCUAAAUUUGUGGGGUCAGCAGUUAUCCCUGACAACGAUGACAGGGACGAUGACAAAGUUUACUUCUUCUUCACUGAGCGAGCGAUGGAUGCUGACGGCCUGAACAAGGCGGUGUACACCCGCAUUGGGCGCGUCUGUGCGAAUGACCAGGGCGGACAGAGGAUGCUGGUGAAUAGAUGGAGCUCCUUCCUGAAAACCCGUCUUAUCUGCUCUGUGGCUGGAUCCAGUGGCAUUGACACACACUUUGAUGAUCUCGAGGACAUCUUUGUUCUCAAGGACAAGGAUGGGAAAAACCCUACAAUCUUCGGCCUCUUUAGCACAACAAGUGCGGUGUUUAAAGGCUACGCUGUGUGCGUCUAUAACAUGGACGACAUCAGAGCAGCCUUUAAUGGUCCGUUCGCCUACAGAGAGAGACCUGAGCAUCACUGGAUACCUUACGAGGACAGAGUCCCCUACCCCAGACCUGGAUCUUGUGCCAGUAAAGUCAGCGGCGGUGGUUUCCACAGCUCCAAGGAGUUUCCUGAUGAGGUUCUCCGCUUUGUGCGGUCCCACCCUGUCAUGUAUCGUCCAGUGCUUCCCCAGUACCGUAGACCGGUCCUGCUGCAGACAGAGCCGGGCAGGAGGAAGCUGACGCAGAUCGCUGUGGACAGAGUCCAAGCCCAGGACGGACACUACCAUGUUCUGUACAUCGGCACUGAUGACUCGGUCGUGUUGAAAGCCAUCACUAUCUACAACAAAGACACAGACACCAUGGAGGAGGUGCUGCUGGAAGAGCUGCAAGUAUUCAAGGUGUCAGCACCAAUCAGAGAGAUGGUGAUAUCACCUAAAAGGCAACAGCUCUACGUUGGCUCUGAAGUGGGUGUGGCCCAGGUCAGACUGCAUCAGUGUGACCGCUAUGGCUCUGAAUGUGCUGAUUGCUGUCUGGCCAGAGACCCUUACUGUGCGUGGGAUGGCUUCACCUGCUCCAGAUAUUACCCUGCUGGAGUCUACGCCAAGAGCCGACGAUUCAGGCGGCAGGAUGUUCGCCAUGGCAACGCCGUCCAGCUGUGCAAUGGGCUACAAAUUGAUGACGAAGGAUCUCAACGGUUGGUGUACAGCGUCGAGAACAACAGCACUUUGCUGGAGUGUGUCCCUCGAUCACUUCAGGCCAAAGUCAUCUGGUUUCUUCAUCAAGGAGGAGAGAAACACGAGGUUGAAAGUGAUGAGCGGGUGUUCAUGAUUUCCCACGGGCUGCUGUUCUUACACGUGAAGAGCUCAGACGCCGGCGUGUACGUGUGCCAGACUGUGGAACACGGAUACGUCAACACGUUACUCCGCAUCACUCUGCACGUGCUGAGAGGGGAGCGGGUAGAGUCGGCGAUCCGCGGGUCCAAUGACGAGGAGGCGGAGAAACCGUCAUGCAGUGUCUCCUCUGACCCCCCACCGGGCCCCAGCAUCGGCCCCAGCAUCGGCCCCAGCACCAGCCCCAGGGUUCUGGUGCCAUCCUCGCUCCCAGGCCACCACUCCAAGCAGUGGUAUAAGGAGUUUCUCAAGCUGAUCGGCUACGGAAAUGCCCAGAGAGUGGCAGAGUACUGUGAGAAAAUGUGGUGCGUGGAUAAAAAACGUAAAAAGACCAAAAAGAAGCACGCCUCUCCGGGUGGCGAGAGGAAAAGGAAAGAGAGGGGGGAGGUGAACUCCAACCGAGCGCCGAGGCACAUUUUAGACACCUGAGGAGACUGAAUGCACACGCACACAUUUAUGCAUACAUACAGACACACUUCCUCUCUAAAGGUCAGACUCACUCAGUGUUUGCACCUUUUCAAAGAUUUUUUUUCUUAGCUUUAAACAAAAGCAGUUGCAAAAAAGAAAAGAGAAUAAACUGUAGCGAGUUGUUAUGCUACUGCAGCUGCUUUUAACAUUCAAUUCCUUGAUUAAGUUGUUUACGUUCAUCUUAAAAAUCAACUCAUUUUGACCGAGAUGGCAUUCCAAAUGAACUUUUUAUUAUCCAAAAUUAGGAUAUUUGUUCCAAAAUUGAAUGUUAAAAAUCCAAAUAAGUUCAAAAUAUAAAGCCUAGAAGUGCGUUGGCCAUGUGAAGCAAUUUUCAUGUGGUCCAGCAGAGGGGGCUCUGAGCACAGCUUGGCCUUAAGUCCAUUUUGAACAGCCCUCGUGGUCCAAAAAUAAAUAAGUAAGUGCUGUCAUCGUGUUUUGCUGUGAAAAUGGAG